AUGAAAACAUUCUCGAAAGCUCUCACGGCUCAGAAAUUACAAAUGCCCCCGGUAAUGAAUCCGCGGGUGGACACCUUAGAGGACAACAUUAUUGUGAGAGAUCCCAAUCUUUGUGGACUUCUUCCAGGCAACCAAAAACUUGUUUUUGUCGAUAUUGGUUUGGAAUCCACGCGAAGGCAACGCCUUAUGGUUAUUCGUGAGGCUGACGGAACUCUUCGUCACGCGAACGCAUCCGAGAGAGACCGUCUGAAUCAAGUCUAUUUCCCAUUGCCGGGUAGGCGAUUGCGUGUUCCAUCCAUGCUGCGGACCCCCAAUUUCGAGGCUGCCCUUAGUUCCGGACGUCAUGAGUACGUACUGGAUCGCUUGCUUAUCCAGUUCGAGCCCGACGACCCUGAGUACAUUCGACUUUGCCAUGCUGUUUAUGAUGACGCAGAGGCACGCAUUUGGAGUUACUAUAACACAGAAAGCACCGAUUCGUCGCCCUCUAUGCCUGAUAACGAACCCGAACCUACGAAACACGUCGUAACGCGACUACGGUCUACUCGACACUACGGUCCCUUCGCUCUUUACGUUAUCGCCGCACUAGGGCGGCCAGAAAGUCUGUUGCGAGAGACUCUUGCACACCAGGCUUUUGAUACUGCAGAACACAUCCUCCACCUAACUUGCUUACUACAACCUCAGUCGGUAGUUUCAAAGGCUCUGCAUCAGAAACAUAACUUUCCGUCGUGCUUGAGUCUUGAAGAUAAAGACGGGUCGGAGCCUUUAUCAAAGCAUCAUAUUGAUCGUACAUUAGAACUAGUUCAGGUAUGUGUUGCCGUCGUCUCCAUUGAUUUUUCGUACAGUUGA